GAGGACAAAUACAAAUUGCUAUACUGAAUACAGAAUAUUUAAAUAAACAUAAAUUUUAAAUGUUUGGUCACAUUGGUCCGAUGCCUGUCAGGCAUAUGACACGUGUAAAAAAGCAAUAGCCCUCCUUGAAUCCAAGGAUAGAGUCAUUAGUGGUUUAUGAUAGGAAACAAAGCACUACGUCACUAACUGCUCUGUGUGAUCACUCCUCCACAGAUAACACUCAGGAACACUGCAGGAAAGUACACACACACUUCACUCAUUGUAAAACACAACAUUGUCUCUAAUUUCACAAAUCCAAAAGUCAUUGUCUACCUGUCUGCAUUGAAUCUGACUGUCUCAGCUCUGUGAUCUCAUGGAAAUAGAAGCAGAGAGUGCGUUUGAAGAAGUAAACAAUGCAUGGAGAAAGCAAACUUUGCAAGAAAGAAAGGAAAGAGAUGAAGAGGAUGAAGACCCAAGAAGAUAUUUUCAAUACUUUACUAAAGAACAGUUGCUCAUGCUAUGUGUCACCGUUGGUCUGCUUGUUCUGAUUCUGAUAAUCACUGUCACUUCUUUUGUUUUGACUAAAAAUUCAGACACCUCUGAGAUGAUACUACCUUUCGCUUCUGAUGGAGACAUGUUGGAUUUCCUCAUUCAAACCGGAGACAUCAGUGAGCGAGAUGCACUUCAUGCAACCUGGUAUCACCGUGCCAACAACAAGUCCGAGAUGAACAAGGCUUUGAAAAGUUCUGCCAUGGUCCUAGAGGCAGAUGUAACUGUGCAGGGAUUUGGCAAUAUGACCACCAUUCCCAUCAUGGCUCAUCCUCCUGAUGUUUACAGUGACAACACUCUGGACCAGUGGCUGGAUGCUGUGCUCCAGUCCAAGAAAGGCGUAAAGCUGGACUUCAAAAGCUUCAAGGCUUUGCCUCCUUCUUUGGACAUCCUGCGCAUUAAGAACCAAACCAACGGGAUCAACAGGCCUGUGUGGCUAAACGCUGACAUCCUACCUGGGCCCAACGUCCCAGCAUUUUGGCCUGUCAUCAAUGGACCCAACUUCCUGGCACUGAUUCAGCAGAAGUUUCCACAUGUGACCAUCUCUCCUGGAUGGGCGGUUUUGUACCUCCCCCUGUUCCCUAAUGUCACCUACACACAAGCCAUGGUGAAGGACAUGUACACAAUUGUUGAAAAGGUCCCUCAGAAAGUCACCUUCCCUAUCCACGCUCUUAUGGUCAAGAGCGGUUGGCCUCAUAUCAGCUGGCUCCUCAGCCAAUCGCCAAGGUUUAGUCUGACUCUGUGGCAGGGUAAGGAGAAUCCCAGUGUGAACGACCUGCUCUUUGUCAGAGACAACAGUAACCCGGAGCGGGUGUAUUAUGACAUCUACGAACCUGUCCUGUCCCACUUUAAAGAAGCUGCCAGGCAAAAAGGCAGACAGAGGAGGUUUUACCCUGGAGGAGAACUGGUGGACUACUUCCAGCCCAAAUAUAAAGACAGCCUUUCCAUUCAGUGGAACGCAAUCACAGACAGAGUCUCACUGCUGUCUCUGCUGUCAGACAGUGCCAGCCGGAUGUUGAUCAUUCCAGUGGGAUCUGGUUCCACCCAGCCUGGGAUCCCAGUGGUGGCUGGAUCUAGUCCAGAGUUCUUUCUCUGGGACUGCCUGGACCUGAUACUAGCCUCUCACAAACCCUGGGGUAUCUUCCUGACGAUCCAGUCCAAGUGCCAGCUGGAGCCCUCGCUUGUCCUUCUCCGCUCAGCCUACAACAGGGACAUCCUUUACCGUCCUGUCUGGGUUAACAUGGCCCUGUCCUAUGGAGCCUUCCACACCCAGGGCUACAUCACCGGGAGGGACUUUCUCCACAUGGUCAACCACCUCUUCCCAUAUGUUACUCUGGCCCCCAGCUGGCCCCUUGAAACCCAAAGGGAGGGUUUUACCAAGGCCUUGUUGGAUGACAUGGUGGAGUUACUGAAGGGGGUGUGGCAGAGCGUAUCCCUGCAGGUGAGGGUUGAGACACUGUGUAAGUCUGUAGAGGGCCAGCGAAGGCUUGGCAAUGUGCCACCACAUUACUCCCUGACACUGGAGUCCAGGAUUGGAAAUUGUAUAGCUGACGAGGCAGGAGCGCAGGGCAUCAUGGCCAACUUAACUGGGAGCAAAGAGCGAAUCAUGUUUUGUAUAGCAUAGAACC